CGGACAACGACUUGGAGGCGUGGCACGCUAGUGAGCUGAGUAUAGCAACGAAGCACGGGCUCCAGAACUCAAACCCUCAGAGCAGUAAAAUAAUUGCUAGAACUAAACUAGAAAUACUACCCGACAUAUCACGAUGGCAGACGAGCAAUACAUAUCCAAAAAGACUGUUGCUGCAUCCUAUCGACCACGCAGUUCUCUUAUGUCCCCCGGCCUCCAGCGCGCACGCGCACCUUUCCGCCUCCGAAACGCCCUCACCGGCCUCAUACUCGCAGGCUUCGGCGUCGGCGUCUGGGCAUACUCUAUUAGCGCAGUGAAACAAGAUGACUUCUCGGACGUUGAUGAGGAGGCGCGUGCACUGAUGCGUGCUGGGCCAACAAUUGUGGAGGAGGUCAAAGCUUCCGUGAUGGCCGAGGCAAAAGCCGUGGUGACACAGACUCCGAGCAGCGUGCCUGUGGAGGUUAAGGCAGCUACUGUGCCAUCAAUACACCGAGGUUUACUUGUGCCUGUUCUUGAGAGGCAUUUCCCCCACUUGUUGGACCCAUCACGGAAGACGCUCAUUUGGGGGGCGCCUCCGGUAGAUAAUCUUGGGAGGCUCCGUGAUUCGGUAUAGAAGCCUUGCAGGUCCUUGGACUUCUAUUCCCUCUACAGAUAAUGUCUCAGGUACAAGACGAUAAUCUAAUAGUAGACUAUUUAGCACAUGCAUGUAUGAACACUCGUUCGAUCCAGCUCCUUUCAUAAAACUGGAUAGUACGAAGAGCCAAAUCAAGAAGUCAAGACAAUGGAUUAGCGAAUCACGUUCAUGUUGACGUAUUGACGCAACAUCUCAUACACAACCUCUACACACUAGCGCAGGCCGACGAUGCCACCAAUAGAAGAGUAGAUCUCCAGCCAGCGCAAGUCUGGAGAAACGGUGCUGAAAGCC